CAAACGAUUCUGUUUCUAUGAUUUAUCUCAGUUCCCUACAGUACGUCUGCCUUCUCACUGUUAAGUGAUUCACAAACGGAAACAUUCUCGCAGGUGUUGCGCUAAUGCAAUUGUGCGCUUUAUUACUGCUAGACACUUAUUGAAAGAACUGCGUCAUUGCCAAAUAGAGCACCUAAUGAACGGAGGGUUUGAAACACUGCAUUUGGUUGAAGAAACCGCACAUGCAACACUCCUAAAAAAAGGGAUGCUUAUCCAACCCAUCACUAUAUAAUACGUUUUCAGUUCGUUUGUUCAGUUUUUUUGUUUUUCUGUUUGUUUUAUGUCAAUGUGAGAACCAGACGUACCGGUUUCGGAAUUAAAGUUGUUCUCAAAGAAACUGAAGUAUUUGAAAUGAAGGAAGACUGAACACAGUAGUUAUCAAGAAGUGGAUCAAAGUCAGUCAUAAUGUUUACGUAUUUCUUCAAAAGAAAAGAGCCGAUAUUCUGGACCUGAGAAUGAUUUGAUGGAAACGCACAGCUUUCUGUUGAACGACACUGGGACAAUGAAUCUCACAAACUGCACUGCUACCGAGCCCAGUGUUGCGCUCCAAACAAAAACAGGCACAGAAAAAAGGCUUAUUGCUGUAACGCUGGGCAUUCUAACACUCCUCACCACGCUGUUGAAUUUUGCCGUCAUCGCAGCCAUUUGCACAACCAAGAAACUGCAUCAACCAGCCAACUACCUGAUUUGCUCUUUGGCUGUUACUGACUUUCUGGUUUCAACCUUAGUAAUGCCGUUAAGCAUCGUGUACAUUGUCAUGGAAACGUGGUCCUUUGGUUACAUAAUCUGUGAGGUGUGGCUUACUGUGGACAUGACCUGUUGCACCUGUUCAAUUUUACACCUGUGCGUGAUCGCACUAGACAGGUACUGGGCAAUCACUAAUGCUAUUGAAUAUGCUCGGAAGCGCACAGUGAAGACAGCACUAGUGAUGAUAGCUGCAGUCUGGGCUAUAUCUGUGUUCAUUUCAAUGCCUCCUUUGUUUUGGAGGCACAGCUACAGUACCAAUCACCUCACCCACUGUAUCAUUGAGCACAGCCACAUUGUGUAUACAGUUUAUUCCACGUUUGGGGCAUUCUACAUUCCGCUGACCUUAAUUUUAAUUUUGUACUACAGGAUUUACCAUGCCGCAAAGCACCUCUACCAAAAGAGGGGCUCAAGCAGACACCUGAGCAACAGGAACACUGACAGCCAAAGCUCCUUUACCAACUGCAAACUCUCCCAGACUUUCUGUGUGUCUGAUUUCUCUACUUCAGAUCCAACGAUGGAGUUGAAUAAAACUAACGUUACAAUUCGAGUCCCCCCCUUUGAGACCGUAACCGAUUUGUCCUGUGAACGGCAGCAGCUUUCAAGCUCCAGAGAGCGCAAGGCAGCCCGGAUCCUCGGGCUGAUACUGGGGGCUUUUGUCGUUUGCUGGUUGCCGUUCUUCGUCAAGGAACUGCUUGUGGGACUUCAGCUCCUGAUCGCAUCUCCUGAGGUCUCUGACUUUCUGACCUGGCUCGGCUACGCCAACUCUCUCAUGAACCCGUUGCUUUACACAAGCUUUAAUGAAGAUUUUAAGUCUGCUUUUAAAAAACUGGUCAGAUCCAAAGAGCAUUCAUGAAAAAACAAAACAAAAUGGUGGCCUGUUACUGUUACGUCAUGACAUCUUGCAUAUUUAUUGGAAUGUUGUUUUUUUUUCAAUAAAGUAUAUAGUAAAAAAAAAAAAGAAAAAAGCACUGUGGCAUAUCUUUUAAAGACUUGAAAUGACUGCCCUUCAUUAAAAUGGCUGCAGCCUGCAAGCAGUCUAUAUUUAAUAAUGAAGCUUGUCAUUGAUGCUGGAGAAAUGUUGGUAGACUGGCCAUAUCAUGGUAAUAUAUGUAAAUCUGUAUAAAAGGAUCACAUAAUGUGCAUUCUAAUUUAGAUGACACUACAGCUUAGAGUAUUGAUAUUUACAUGACAAACAGUGAUAAAACAAAGGACUUUUAUCAUGUAUCGAUUCCAGGCUGACAGCAUUUUAAAAGCACAGAAAUGAAUCACAAAAAUACGCAUUACUAAAUCAAAUUACAGGUCUAUUUCAAAGGUGUCUUUUCUGCCAGUAGAGGUCACUAUAAACCAAUGAAUGAGGAAUUGAAGUUACUGGAUAACCUGAUAUUUUGAAAUGUCUGAAUCCUGUUUGGGGCGGCAUGGUGGCGUAGAGGUUAGCGCUGCUGCCUCACAGCACCAGAGUCCUGGGUUCAAAUCCAGCCUAGGGUACUGUCUGUAUGGAGUCUGCAUGUUCUCCCCGUGUUCGCAAGGGUUUUUCUGGGUACUCUGGUUUCCUCCCACAGUCCAAAGAUAUGCUGUCUAGGUUGAUUGGUCACUCUAAAUUGCCCUGUGUGUGUUGUGCCCUGUGAUGGACUGGCAUCCCGUCCAGGGUGUGGUCUUGCCUUGUGCCCUGUGUAUGCCGGGUUAGGCUCCAGCUCACCAGGAGUAAGCAGUUAAUGAUAAUGGAUGAAUCCUGUUUGUUUUUUUUCAGUGGGUCAGUCUCUCUGUCAAGUUGCUGCUUGCCUUCACCUCAGUAUCAUCAGUACCAUCAGAGAUCUGCAAACUUAUAAUGUUCUAAUAUCUUCUUUAUCUCUUGGUCUGUAUUUAAUGGUGCCUAAUAAUAAUAAUACU